GACUUUUUCGCCUCAGUUAUGACACUGUUUCAACCGUCGGCUCUGGAUUUGAGGUUUAAGUGACUAGAAAAUGCUGAAGUUACCCAUCAGGCCUCUUGUGCCUCUGUCAGCACUUGCUCUGCUCGGCUGGUGCUGGUACACUGUUAGGAAGAAGAGGAACCUAUGCGAGAGAUCUGAAGAACAAGUCUUGGUCUCAUCUGCUGCUAGAAAGCAAAGCAUAGCAGAGAAUGUUACAAUACAGGACGCUGCCAGUGGAAAUGCGCUGGACUCGAAAACACGUUUUCAGUCGCAGGAAAAACUAGCGGAUGACCAAAAUCAUGACCUUGACAGCUCUCAGCCUAGCAGUACCAUGGAGGACUCGUCUGUCCUGUCUGCGAACCCACAAACCGCCAUUCUCACCUCCACGCCAGUUCUAAAAGGAAUUCGUCCAGAACCAGAAGGAGAGGUAUCCAAAGUGCAAGCAUCUCUGCUUCUGGCCGAGAAGUCAGAAACGGAGACAGACAAAGAGGAUGAGAACGUUAAAGGUCACUCGGACAUUAAAGCGAUCAAGACGCAAGACUCUUUUGCACAGCAGCCCACAGGGAUUGUGUGCCCCAAAGAACAUGGAGUCGCUAACGUGUCUGAAAAGCAAUACGACAGCAGCCCGUGUCUGAGUGAAGCCGAUGGCCCGGUCGUUGAGGUUAUCAGUGGUGUUGCAGAAGAGAUCACAGCAAUUGGUGGCAUUUUAAAAAGAAAAGGUCAUGUGGAACCAAGGGUAACUCCGCAAAGCCAAGUGCAACUUGAAAAAACUGACGAGGUGAGUAACAUUUUAGCGGUCACUAAGAAAGAUCCCGGAGCUCUUACUAAGACCAUGGAGGAAAGUGUCUCUUCAGCAUAUAAGCAGAAUGAACCCCCUACAAUUUUCCCACAAUGGGAGGAUUCAGGCUGCAGCAUGUGCCAUUCAGAGGAUGGGGUAGAAGCAGAGAAAGCUUCUAGCAAGUCUCAAGCUGUGGAGAAAACGUCCUGCAACGUUUCAUUAUCUUCUGAAUCUCACCAAGCCAUAGCCCCAAGAAAUGGAAAUCUCUCAAGACAAAAGGCAGACACCUCUAAAGGUGUUAAUGGCACACAGUCUACGAGUGAAGAGGGCAGGGUCACCACUAGUCGAGCCACGCAGUCUAGAAACUCACCCCAUAUCCUGUGGAACAUAGAGGUGCCAGCGCACCUCAUUGGGCGAUUAAUUGGAAAGAAAGGGAAGUAUAUUUGCUCCGUGAAACAAAGUUCUGGUGCGAAGAUCUGCGUGUCUGCUCUUCCGUACACAUACGAGUUUCAGAUCUGUCAUAUAGAGGGGUCUGAGGUGCAGGUGGAUAAAGCGCUGGCACUAAUCAGAAAAAAGUUCAAAGAUUUGGAUUUAAGCAACCGCCUGAACAGUUCACAACCUGCUGCAGUUCAUUCUCUACCCAUCACUUCCUGGCUGCCACUACCUCAGGAUGGAACUGUGGAGGUCAUUGUACCACGGGUGGAGGCAGCAAAUUACCUCUUUGUUCAGCAGCACACACACCCCACCUAUUAUGGCCUGUGCAGUCUCACUGAGCAGAUGCUGUUCUGCUACUGUCAUUCAGGAUGCCCCAGCCUGCCCACUCCUGUGGAAGCAGGAGUUUUAUGUGCUGCCCCGUCUCCUGAUGGUGCCUGGUGGAGAGCUCAAGUUAUUCAGCAUUACAAAGACUCUGAUAUCGUACAGAUCCGAUAUGUGGACUAUGGAGGCUAUGUGACUGUUAACCUCACUUCUCUGAAGCAGAUCAGAUCAGAUUUUGUGACUUUGCCUUUCCAAGCAUCUGAAGUUAUGUUAGAAAACAUUGCACCUUUGCCAGGAAAGGGGACAUUUUCAUUCGAAGCCAAAGAGGCUCUUGAGGAAUUAACGCGAGGGAUUCCUUUGAUCAUGAAGGUGACUGGCAGCCAGAACGGACUGCCCUUAGUGCACAUGUGGCGACAUACAGGAGAAGAGAUGAUGUCAUUGAAUGGAGUGCUGGUGGAUCGAGGGCUUUGCUCGUGGUUGGACAGCCACUGAUGGUGAACCCUGUACGUGUCUACGUUUUCUUUCUCAAGUCUCUACUCUUUGCUCACACGUGUCUUGGUGCGCACACAGCCGUGCUCUUUGUAUUGUGUAAAAAAUCAUGCGUUGUACAUUUUGUUGCAUAUGAAAAUAACCGAUUUUCUUAAGAAACUAAAAAUAAAUAUGGAGAAAAAAAUU